GCGCUCCUCGGCCAGCACUCCGCCCCUGCAGGCCCACCGCUCCCCGGGCCGCCCCACGGCAGCGCCGUCGCGUCGUGGUGGUGCAGGACGAGUGCAGGCGAGGCGGCCGUCCGCCAUGUCGCGCUCUCAGCGCUCCCGCAGCGCCUACUACUUCUUCGUGCGUGACCGGCUGCCCGUGCUGCAGCAGCGCGGCAUGCCCGUAACCCGAGUGGUCGAUGGCUUUCCCCACCUCACUCAGGAGUGGGCGCUGCUGGCGGAGGAGGAGAGGAUGUUCUAUGCAGACAAGGCUCAGAAGUGGAAUGAAAAGAAAUCCUUUCAGAAGCUGGAGAAGGAGAUGUGUAAUAAUCCAGUGCCUGCUGGCGCGAGUUCAGAAAUGUACAGGGUGACAUCUCUUCUUGAUGCCUCUGCUAUAUCGUGGAUGAGCGAUCAGGCUGUGCUUGCAGACAUCUUCUAUUUCCUCAAUGUUUACAGCCAUGGCAAGCUGCCAUCCCACUGUGACCAGCGCUUCCUCCCUUGUGAAAUUGGGUGUGUCAAGUACUCCCUGCAGGAAGGCAUAAUGGCUGAGUUCCAUCACUUCAUAGAUUCAGAAGUACCACCACGUGGUUAUCGGUACCACUGCCAGGCUGCUAGUGAUGCCACUCAUAAGAUUCCUAUAUCUGGAUUUCAUCUCUCACGUACUUGCUACCCAGUUGUCAUACGUGAACUUCUUCAGUUUGCCCAGCCAGCCAGAGGUGUUUGCCCUCGUUUUUACUGCAAGUCUGAUGACAGGUUCCGAAUCAGCUGGUGUCUUGAACGAAUGGCCAGCGUGGCAGGUGUUGAGAGCCCUCUGGAGCUUCUCACUGUAGAAGAUCUGGUAAUAAAACUGUACCAGAAGAAAUAUCAUAAGGAGCCAUCCAAGACUUGGGUAUCUAGAGAGCUAGAUGUUGUCCUGUGGGAUUUUUCCAGUAAUACCAGGUGUGAAUGGCAUGAAGAGAAUGAUAUACUUUGCUGUGCUUUGGCAUCCUGUAAGAAAAUCGCUUAUUGCAUCAGUAAAUCGUUAGCUGGUGUGUACGGAGUCUCGCUGACGGCUGCUCACCUGCCUCUUAAAGACAGUGUUUCCAGUGGAAAUACAAACCUCAGGCGGGUAAUACUGGAUGCUGGACGUUUUCAGGAAUUGAAGGCCAAGGGUUCUGGAAGUGACAGAGACAUCCUUUCUCCAAGUGGAGUUCAAGAGCUUGUCCCUUCUAGUUGUGAUUCUUCAUGUGAUGGGAAGAGUUUUCCUUAUGGAACAAGUACCAUUCGAGGAAGAGGAAUUACUCGAUGGCUGGAAAGUACACCUGAUCUGAGCAAAUCUUUCAGUAACUGAAAAUCUUCAUGUCCAGGACAGCCAUACAUUUUUUUUUUUUCCUUCUUGUUCUGCUAAAAUAACCAGCAGUUUUUCCAGACUGCAGUUUUUCAUUUUACAUGCAACUUUUGAUUGUUCAUGUUCUUGUUACAGUGAUAAAACUGUCAUUUACUGGAGUUAAGGGAAGAAAAUCUUCAUUAUCUACAGGAUGGUGUUUUAAGGUUGCAUCCUCUCUAAAAAGAAGUGCCAUAGUUCCAUUUCUUGGUGGAUGGAGUGCAAAUUUAAGAGUGUUUAGCUACAUCAUUGGGUUAGAAAUUAUGUAGUGGCCAGUGCAGCUUUAUUUUUUUUCCUUAGUAACCUCCUUCACCACAUCUCUGUGUGCAAGGUAAUGUUUCGGUGCGUAACCAUCUCUCUCCAAAUGCGAUGGAGGGAGCAGUGGAGGUAUGACAGGAUGCACAGGGGAAUGUAAAAUGUCACUGUCUCAAAGGAUAGCUCCAUGUUUUUUUCCACCCAUUGAGAACUCAAGUAGUCAUUCAAUGCAAAAAAGCAGAUAUUCUAUCAAAAAGCGUGGUGGCAGUGUUGUUGGUCUGUUAGUAUUCUUUUGGAGGCAUAAGCAAUGUAUCAGGAAUAUGGAUGUUGUUUUUUCCUGUGCAUCAGCAAUUAAAAGAUUCGUGUUCCUUGAAA